ACGAGAUUUUAACAAAAUGUCGAAAAUGAAGUCUCCCCGUCCGAAAUAUCUCGAGGAUCUAACUACGUAGGGACAGUAGGCUUGUUGUAACAACAAGUGUUCCUGUCGCCGCCAUUAUGUUUGAGCCCACUUCAAGAGUGCGCAAAAUGGCAGCCUCUGCUUUGGCCGCUAUAAGAGAGACAAGGCGAGCUAGGCCUAGGGAAAAUACAUCAGAUUCCAUCUAUGAAAGGACAGUGGAGCUGUUCUCGUCGUCACGUUUGAAACAUUUUGGGUCAUAUGGCGGAUUCCCGAAUGGAUAACAAAAUAUUAAAACACGUAAUCAAGGAAUGCUUCAUUGACUUGGCAGACAAUAUUACCCCAAAAUAUAUCUGCCCACAUUUGUACAGGAACAAUGCGCUGGACGAAAAUGAUUAUAUAGAGAUACUUGAUCCAAAAGACGGGAAACAGCGCAGUAUUGAGCAGUUUCUUCUGAUAACAUUGCCAAAGAAGUGCACAUUUGAAAUUUUUCGGGAUGCUAUUUCUCAUUCGUAUGGCUUUUUAUUAAAAUCUUUGGACAAAAGCCGACAGGAAUACGAUACACAAAUUGUAAGCAUAGUGUCUGGGAGCAGAACCAGUCCCGAGAAGCCAGUGGUGAUAGACAUAAACACCGAGGCUCGACUGAUAGCCGUCAAACAAUACUACGACAUCAAACGUACACACUGGAACGGAAACAUUGUCAAAUUUGAUGUGUUUAUUUCCGACACAAGGGAUAGUUACACGUCUCUUAUAGACACUAUCGGAAGGUGGCAAAAAUUACAUUCCAAGGAAUUAUUGGAUGGGCUCAACGACAGUCUAACGAAAUUUGCCGAUCUGUAUUUCAAAUCAAUGAUCUUAAAAUGGAGAUAUGAAAUAGGGAACACAAAUCCCACAGUAACUCGAAUGCAAGAAUUGCGGUCAUGCUUAAACGAUAUAAUUUCUAAAACAUCUGUACCUGUACUGUAUAGCAUGUCAGUGGUUGCUCAAUAUGCGUUAGCGAUGCGCUCCGUCGGUGAUCUAGACGAAGCUUUAAGGUGUGUUUAUGCUGCCAAACAGAUAGGUAUAUGCAUACAAAAUUGCCGAGAGAAAGUGAGUAUUCUUUCCACCGAAUCAAAUACAGAGUGGGAAAGAAGUACACGCAAAGGUUUACUAGAUACUGCUGAAAAGGAGCGACUCAUUGGUUUGGUCAAAGCAGCAAGACUUGCAAACCGGGAAUUAAAAUGUACAGAUUUAACAACGGAGAACGACGAUGAAACCAGAGCAAUACAAGAUUUCGACAAUGCUACAAUUGUUGUGGAGGCUUUAAUCAGAGUUGGAAUUGAUGACAAAGGAAGAAAUCUUUCGGAUGUAAAGGUUACCGAAACAGACUUGAAGGAGGCAAAACGCUGUUUUGACCACAUCGAGCAAACAAAUAACUGGAACAUACUGGCGAAAAGAUGGAAGAUAAUCUAUUACCUAGCAAAGGCAAAAGUGUCUCAUAUUCAGGAUGGCGAUAGGGAAACAGAAAGGUUUGUCAAACUUGCACGUGAACAUGCUGCCAAAGUGUCACAUUUAGCAGAAAUUAAAGGAAACGCCGAUACUUUUCAAUUAUGAUACUAUUCGUUGAGGAUACAUUAUUCCCAAAUUAUACUUCAAUGGUCCUAUUAUAAUUCCAGGGAAGAUGGAUGUAUCACAAGGAUGCUGGAGAACCUGGAACUACCAACACUCUAGGUCAGGCGAGCACAACAGAGGGUCACAUUUAUGUAUAAGGUGGUUGAGGGGUUGAUACCAACUGUACCUCCAGCUGAUCAUCUAACAAAAACCAGACCAAAAAGGAACAUCAAAACCAGAAACUUCUCGGACUAUAUAUCCGUAAAUUUGGUAGAAACAUCAGUGAUAAAUAACUGUGAUCAAUACAAGAACUCAUUUGUUGUACGUACAGUCAUAGAGUAGAACCAUCUGGAAGAGGACUUAGUAUGUGCCCUUACUUUGGAGGCCUUUAGAGUGCUAUAACGCACCAAAAUUCUAACUGAACUGCUCUCUCUCUCUCUUCCAUUGUAUAAAAACCGGAACCGGGAACUACAACGUAAAGAUACAGAUACGUUCUGGGUUGAGUAGAAUCAAGCUCUAUUUACUGAUGAUACCUAGGAAUCUGUGAAGAUCACCUGAAAAAUACCUAUCUG